UAAAUCAUUAUCCAGAGCGUCGUCAUAUUGUCCUAAAACCCAGGUGUGAAAUAAAACGCUAUUUAUCAAACUUUACCGAUCGUGUAAUCACUUUGAUCAAAAUCGCACGGAACUACGUUGUUCCAUAUGAGCACACAUCCUGAAAACCGCUCGUUAUAACUGCAGGAUUUCGACAAGGUUUGAGGAAUAUAAAUAGCAAGGAUUAUUAUCACUGGUUAAAGACUUAGUCUAAAGCAAAGCCAAGAUCAACACAGAUUAAAAGAAGGGACGCUUCAAAUAUCAUUUGACUUCGCGUAAAGUAUAAGGAUGAUUUCUGUAAGAAAGUGUUGUGCAUUCCUCAUUCUAUGGUUGGCUUUGCUGAACACAGCAGAUACAAGACGAGACAAGAGAUGUCAAAAAGGUGUAAAAAGACGAGGAAAAUGUCGCACAUCAGCCGUUUUGACAAAGAGUUUUGGCGACCUUCGUUCACCAGGCUACCCAAGAAACUACACGAAUAAUAUACAAAGCAGUUGGCACAUUCGUGUACCAAAAGGAUAUCGAAUUAAGCUUAAAUUUCGCAGAUUUCACAUCGAAGAUUCAACGCUAUGCCACAAAGAUGCACUUGUUGUUGCUUUUGAUAAAGCUCAGAGAAACACCAGGUUAUACUGUGGAAAGAGAAGACAGAGAGGUGUGACGUCAUCAUCGAAUGAAUUAUGGUUGAUAUUUCGAACUGAUGACGACGGAACUGGAAAAGGAUUCUAUGCAACUUACAGUGCUGUUGACGUGAAUGAAUGCAGGAAAGAAGUGUGUAAAUUCCCAAGUCUGUGCAGAAAUACAGUGGGUAGUUACAUGUGUGAUUGCCCUGAUGGGUAUCGAUUGCGAGGAAGAAAGAACUCUGGCAGAUGUGUGGAUAUAGACGAGUGUUCAAGCAGCCAGGUGAAAUGCGAGUUCAAAUGUGUGAAUACGGCUGGUAGUUAUCAUUGUGUUUGUCCAAAAGGAUUCAGAUUAGCUUACAACGAGAAAAGUUGUCGAGACGAGAAUGAAUGUCUCAGAAACAAUGGAGGUUGCAGUCAUCAGUGUCGUAACUCGAGGGGGUCGUAUGCAUGCCUCUGUCCAACUGGAUACAAAUUAGACUCGAAGGGAAAAACCUGUCGUAAAGAAAUAUUCUACGAUUACCAAAAGAUUUAUUACGUCAAAGAAGAUGCGGCCAUUGGGACCCUGGUAACUACAGUGAAGGCAAAGUUGGCGAAAAGAAAUGGCGAAAAUUUGCUCUUCUCUAUUGUGGCUGAAAACUUGAAACGGGAACAUCCAACAUUUAAAAUGAACAUUACAAGUGGUGAAUUAACAGUGAAUUCAUCUUUAGACAGAGAAACUGUCUCUGAAUAUUUACUGGAGAUUGAGGCAAAGCAUUUAAAUCCAAGAAACAGUAGAAGGUCGAAGAAGGCACGAAGUUUUGUCGUAGUACGAAUACUCGACGUAAAUGACAAUGCUCCUAUGUUUAGUUAUCCAGCUUAUACGAUAACUGUCCCCUGUAAUGUAAGACCCGGGAUUACCUUGUAUCGUAUCGACGCAUACGACCAAGAUGAAGGCAAAAAUGCACAAGUGACAUUCAAACUUGAGCCCGAGAAUCCCUAUUUCACAGUGCAGAGGCACAGCGGUAAGGUGAAAGUUUUGCAAGGACUUCGUGAGUUUUGUAAUGAGAGUAGCAGUUCUCCAUUGAAAAGAUUUGAGUACAAGAUUGUCGCCACUGAUCGUGGAAGUCCCGCGUUGAGAACGCGUGUACGCGUCAGGUUUAUCAUCGCUGCCGUGGAUUUGACGUCACAAACAAUGUUCGUAUGGUAUACUGACAAUCAUGAUGUUAAACUCGUACAGAAAUCGUCACGUAAAAACCACAAGAAGACGGACUCUUCCUAAAAAAAUUUCAUGUAAAAUAUAUCGAUUUGCUGCUAAAUCAGGCCAUCGAAGUUUGGAUAUUAUCGAGCAUUUAAGACCUAAAAAAUCACAACUAAAAUAAUUUCUUUCCAUUGUAUAAAGGACUAAGCCUUUAAAAAGCUUGAAGAGUAAGCUCGUCCUAGGUCACAACAUAUUUUACCGUUACUCAUAAAUGUAGUUUUGUGUAUGUAUAAAAUGUAUAUAAGAAAUCAUAUAUUGAUAUGUAAAAGACAAUAUUUUAAAUAUAUUCAUGGUGAAUGUGUAUCCUACA